AUGUCAUGGUCCAGAGGAUUGGCAAGGCGACCGGCUGAGGCCUUCCUGGCAAAGCUGUGUCUGCCUGUUUUAUACCGUUCGAUGCUUGGAUGUACGGGUUGUACGGGCAGUCGUACGGGGCUGUUCUCACAGCCUGCUCUUGCGUUCGGCCACGCAAGUUAUUCACGCAGCUGUUGGGUGAGGUUGGCUUUCGAGGAGGGCGUAAAAGCGCUGCGGCAGGUUGGGAUGGCCCUGAUUCGCAGUGUGCGUGCAUUUAAGGAGGCUUACACCGUAACAUGGCUGGCUGGCGCAUCUGCACCCGGACAAGGCGACGAGCUGUCGCUAUCCGUUUCCACAGAGCACGGAACAGUGUCGCUCCGCUGCAUCCUUGCAAACGAGGCGGCUCUCCGGGACCUUAACCUCCGAAACCAACAGGACGUCCUGCGCUUCCUGGCCGACAGCUUUUCCCGGGAUGGCUGUCUCAGGACGCUGUUCUACGACAUCACCAUGCAACUCCUUUCCGGACGGCUCGCACCGGUCACGCACUUCGUGCCGGGGAACUUUGGCCGGGACCGCUACUUCCUGAAUAUCCGGGUGACCGAGCUUGUGGGCCCAUCCAAUGUUGAAGUGCUUCGGGUGCUGUUUUCGUUGGAGCCUGGGAAGGGCGAGGCUGCGUUGCGUGCGGUGGAGAGAGGCGAGGAGUGGCAGGGCGUGGUGCUCAUGCCGCCAUACCUUCACCUGCAUCCAGUUGCAGCCAAUCCGCCGGCCGGCAGCGGUGUCGCCGCCGCGCUGGCGGCAGCGGCGGGUGUGGCAGUGGCAGCGGCGGCGGCGGCAGUAGAACGCCGGGAGGCUUCGGAACGCCGCCGUGUCGGCGCUGCCGCAUCAUCUCAGCGCCUUGCGUCCGUGGGUGCGGAGGCACCGUUGUCGCCCCCCACACCACCUCCUCAGGAGCCCGAGGAGCAUCGUCGUCAUCGAGAAGAAGUCAGCAGCCUGGGAAGACCGCAUGCGAAGCGCGCCCAGACCCAAACCCCGACUCAGACGCCGAUUCAGAUUCAUGCGGUAGCCCAGUCUGAAAUCCGAAGAAUGCAAAGCGGAACAGAUGCAGCGAUAACGGCGGCGGCGGCGGCGGCGGAGGAGGAGGAGGAGGAGGAGGAGGGGGACCUCCAGCCCGCAGUUCACGGAGCCUCGAGCUUUGGCCUCGUGCCCCGUGCUCAAGAAGAAUCGCCGCCCAUGCCGUUGCCGGCUGGACGGCAAGUUUCAGUCGCUAUGAUGCAAUACCACCACUACCUCCAGCAGCUCCAGCAGCAGGAGCGGCAGCAGCAGGAGGAGCAAUCGCAACAUCGCCACGUCCUCAACCCCCCGUGCGCGAGCUCGUCCUUUGGCGCCACUAGCAUUUUUAACCGUAACGGUAACUGUAACGGUAGUAACGGCAACCGUCUGCCUCUCGAGAACCAACAACAACAGCAGCAACAGCCGCGGCAGCCAAAGCCGUCGCUGCCGCCGCUGCAGCAGCAACAGCAGCAGCUGCUGCGCCAGCGGCCGAUGUCCAACUCCGAAACCAGUAACUUCCUUCUACAGCACCACGCGAUCAUGUCCACCCUGGAGCAGUCGAUUCGGUCGCUCAGCUUUGAUGGAGUCUCGACUGUCGGUGCGGGCAGCGGCUCCAUCAUCAGCGCCGCCGCCACCGCUACUGCCGCCGCCGCAGCCGCAGCUGGCGGCAGCGGCGGCAGUGGAGGUACCGCCGCCACCACUACCGAGUGCUCUUCCCAAGUCCAUCAGGGCCGCAACAGCCGGUAUCCGCGUACCCAGCAUUUCGCUACUGCCGCCGCCGCCGCCGCCGCGGCUGUAUCGAGUGCUGUGGUGUUGUCGUGUUCUUUGGCGGAGGGGGGGAAGGACAUUGUCGUGGAGCCCGUUGAGUUCGGUUCCUCAAAGCAAUUAGCAGUAGCGGCGGCGGCGGCGGCGGCGGCGGCAAACGAGGAGAAGGACGGGGCUGCUGCCAGUCUGGUGGAAGUGGUGCCGGCAACUGCACCAUGUCUUGAUGAGGACUCGCAGCUGGAGCUGUCUCUGCUGCUACCGCUGCCUGAUCGGUACACACGCGGCUCAGCGACGGCGGCCGCGGCCAGGGCGGCCAGGCUUACGGCAGGCUCGUUCUUCCUUGGCGGCAGCGGCGGCAGCGGCAGCGACGCUACUGCUACUGCAACUGCUGCCGCCGCCGCCGCCGCAGCAGCGGCCGCCGCUAUGGGUGGGUGCGUUUUCGACGCCUUGCCUCGAGGCAGCGUUGACGGCGCCGUCGGGGACCGGGACCCGCCUCCGUCACAGCCGCCGCCGCCGGCUUCGUUGGCGCCGCGACUGCGGCUGUUGCCAGAGCUCCAACCUCGCGAGGCUGUGGGCUUGGACGCCAUCACCGACAGCUCCCCGCGCGCGGCUGUGGCAGCAGCGCCCGCCGAGGCCAUACUGGGAGGAGGUGGCGGCGGCGCUGCCGCUGCGGCCACAGCUCCCGGCGCUGGCAUGCGAUUACCUGCGCCAACAUCGGCGUCAUCACCGCCUCCGCCUCCCCCUCCCCCGAUGUUCCCUGAGUCGCCCUUGCUGUCGCCGUGUCUGCUGCCGUCGGCUUUCUCCUACCCAGCAGCUGCCGCCUCCGCGGCGGCGGCUGCGAUGGCGGCGGCGCCGCCGCCGGUUCCGUGGCCGCCGUACACUGGUGUCGCCAGUGACGUCACACCUCAUCGCCGCGUAAUGGCGCUCCGGUCUGCUGUACCCUGGCGGCCUGGGCUGCUGCAGUACACAGCACGCCCGCCAUCGGCCGUACGCCUUAGGAACCCUGCCAUCCCCACCGCCGCUGCCGCCGCCGCUACUACCAUCGUCGGCGCUGGCCGCUCCGCUUCUUCUACCUUACCGCGCGUCCCGCCAGCUGCUGCAUCCCGCCACACCCGGACUGGCACAAACAGCGCCUUCUCUAUCCCGGCCUCUGUCUCCGCCAUCGCCUCCGCUUCCGUACCUAUCUUCCCCAGAGGCACGGCUGCUGGCGGCGGCGGCGAUUGUGACAUCUGGCCGUACGCUGCCGCUGCCGGCGGCAGCGGCGGCGGCGGCGCCACCGCCGCCGCGUCUUUCUCAAUCCGCCGGCGCCGGGCACUCUUGAGCUUGCUAUCGAGCACCGUAGGUGGCAACAAUAACAACAACAAUAACAUGUCCCGCCGUACACAAGCCUCCACGCAGGAUCUGAUGAACCUUCUAGAUUCCGUAGUUGAAGCUGGACGAUCUUACAGGGCGAGUACGGCGACUGACGGCGGCGGCGGGGCCGGCGGCUGUGAUCUCCUUAGCGGGACGGCCGUGUUUGCUUCCGCGGCGGCGGCGGCGGCAUCCGGAGCGGCGGCGGCGGCGGUGCUGCGCCGCCGCAGCGGUCCCGACGGCGGCGGCCUGGCGUGCAAUGCUCGUGGCGGUGGCGGUGUUGUAGAUGGAGGUGGAGGUGGAGUUGACGCGUCUGAGUGUCUUCAGUGGCAUCAAGUGAUGGUGCGGCCCUGCCUGGAGCCUCAUACCGGCCAGAGGGCGGUGCUGGUGGUGCAGACGGACAUCACCAACCAGGUCCAUGCGGAGUGCUCCCUCGUGGAGGCUCUGGAGGCCCAGCACCGCCUGCUGUCUGAAGUAUUGCCAAGUCACGUGGUGCAGUACAUGAUGAGUGUACGGCGGGACGAGCUAGAGCAGGUGGAGGAGCAGGCUCACAGCAACCACGCACCGAGCAGCAGCAGGAGCAUGGUGAAGGUGCCGUACAACCUGAUGCCUCGAAUCUCGGACGCAGCCGCACUGGCCACCUCGCAUGACUGCAUCUCAGUGAUGUUCGCGGGUUCCGUGUUCAAAUCCGCCUGCUGA